UGGAUGUAUUGAGCUCUCUUCCUCUUUUUCUCCCACUUCGCUCUGCAGCUUCACCCGCGCGGUUUCAAUCCACACCAGAAGACCAGUCUAAACCAUGUCUACCAAGGUUGCCGUGGUAACGGGCAGUAACAAGGGCAUCGGUCUGGCCAUCGUCCGAGCCCUCUGCAAGCAGUUCCAAGGAGACGUUUACAUCACCGCCAGAGACGCUGGUCGUGGUCAGGAAGCUGUUCAGUCUCUGGCCUCAGAGGGACUGAAGGCCAUGUUUCACCAGCUGGACAUCAACGACCUGAACAGCAUCAUCACCGCUGCUGCUUUCUUCAAAGACAAGUAUGGAGGAGUGGACGUCCUCGUCAAUAACGCCGGGAUAGCGUUCAAAGCGGCAGACACAGCUCCAUUUGCGGUCCAGGCAGAGGUCACCCUCAAGACAAACUUCUUCGCUACCAGAGACAUGUUGACUCACUUCCUGCCGAUCGUUAAAGCUGGAGGUCGUGUGGUGAACGUUUCCAGCUUUGUCGGCUCCCGUACGUUGAACCAGUGCAGCGCGGCCCUCCAGCAGCGUUUCCGCAGCGAGGACAUCACAGAGGAGGAGCUGGUGGGAUUGAUGCAGCAAUUCGUGGACCAGACUAAGAAAGAUGAACACAAGCAGGGCGGCUGGCCUGAGACAGCAUACGGAGUGUCCAAGACUGGACUGACGGCUCUGUCCAUGAUCCUGGCUCGCCGUCUGUCUGAGAAGAGACCAAAUGAUCAGAUCUUGCUGAAUGCCUGCUGUCCAGGCUGGGUGCGCACUGACAUGGCCGGUCCAAAAGCCUCCAAGUCACCAGACGAGGGCGCUAUAACUCCGGUCUACCUGGCCCUGCUGCCACCUGGAGCCACAGAGCCUCAUGGAAAGUUUGUCUCUGAUAAAGAAGUGCAGCCGUGGUGAACGGGACCUGAGUGUGUGUAUGUGUGUGUAUGUGUGUGAGUAAAAGAGUGUCAGUGUUUCUACUUCAACACUAAUUAUCUGAAAACUCAUCAAACCUAACACAUAAUGACAUUAUAUUCAAGUUCAUGGCUGGACUUU